AUGAAUGAUGAAGCCCUCGAGAUCGUCAAAGCACAGGUCACCCACGCCGUCCCUAAACAUCUCCCAUCCCUUACUUCGGGGAGUUACAUCGUCCCCCAAACGGCUUUUUCACUUUCUGCCCUGUUCCGCGCCACGCCGCUGGGCAAGUCGGCCGAGAGCAGCGGCGAGCAGAGCGGCGACGAGGACGACGCCUUCGAGGAGGGCGCGCUGACGGGCGAGGCGGGCGGCGGCGGCGGCAAGCUGAAGGCCAGCGGCCCGCUGGGGGCCAAGAAGCCCAAGGAGCAGCGCUCGCUGCGCCUCAGCAUCAACGCCCGCGAGCGGCGGCGGAUGCACGACCUCAACGACGCCCUGGACGGCCUCCGCUCGGUCAUCCCCUACGCCCACAGCCCGUCGGUGCGCAAGCUCUCCAAGAUCGCCACCCUCCUGCUGGCCAAGAACUACAUCCUCAUGCAGGCGCAGGCCCUCGAGGAGAUGCGGCGCCUGGUGGCCUACCUCAACCAGGGCCAGGCCCUCGGCACCCCGCUCCCGGCCGGCCUGGCGCCCUUCGGACAGACGCCGGCCGUCUACCCCUUCGCGGGCGCCGCCUUGCCCGCCGCCUGCCCCGAGAAAUGCACUGCCUUCGCCGGGGCCGCCUCCGGCCUUUGCAAACAUUGCAACGAGAAACCUUGA